CGAAAAUUGACAACUUAAUAGCUGUCACUUUGCUAAAGUAAAAAUAAUGCAAUUUUUAGAUUGUUUUGAUUUAUUGCAUCAUAACAUUGUGAAUUUUUUCUCCUAGAUGUGUUCCAUGAUUAGUGCGCGUUGAAAAUGUCGUGGUUGAACUUAAAUCAGAGUCUGAACAGCUUGAAAGGACAGAUUACAAGUUUUGCUACCGAAGUGUUAUCGGAUGUUCCUGUGCAAGAUUCCGAUGGAAGUUCUUCGAAAUCAGACGCCCCGGUUGGAGAUCUUGUAGAAAAAUGUCGUGCCCAGGAGCUGGAGAAUGCUUCACUCAAGAAGUUGGUAGAAGAACUGCAGGCUACGUUGGAAUCUGAGAGACACUCCAGAAAAAAUGGCGUUAAAGAAGAUGACUCCAAUUGGUACUGGGAUCCACCGGCCCAGUCAUCAGAACCAACUGAUGUUGAGAACCAAUACAAAAAUCAAAUCCGAACUCUACAAGAUGAAAUAUCCUCCAUAAAAGAACGAAGUACCAUUGACUUGAGACCCGAAAGAGAAGAAGUAGGCCGUCUACGCGAAGAAAACCAGAAUCUAACGAGCAGUUUGGAAGAACUAGAUAGUCAACAUCAAAUGGCAAUGGAACGACUUCUAUCUCUUAAGAAAGAACUUCAGACAAAUUUUGAGGUCCUGAAAAAAGAACACGAAGAAUUAAAAACAUCAAAUGAAGAAUAUAAAACUGAGACUAAGCACUUAUUAAAUAAAAUAAGCGAAAGAGAUAAGGAAAUAGAUAAUCUUAAAAACAUUAAAUCAGAUUACGAGACAAUACAUCAUAAAUAUCAAAAUUUGGAAAGAAUUCACAGCCUUCUUAGAGAGAACGCAGAAAAGUUCCAAGAAGAAAACCAAGAACUACAUGAAGAGGUCUUCAAACUGCAGGAACAAGUCACUAAAUUAGAACAUGAUAUGGAACUUAUGACUAAGCGUUCAGAAUUAUCUGAUUUCGUCUCCAGAGAACAAUAUGAUAAUGUAGUGAAAGAAUUAAAUGAUUUAAAAGGUAGAAGUACCCCUGAUAUAUUAGAUUUAGAUGAAAUCAAUAUAGAUGAUAACGCUAAAGGUGUUAUUGAGUCUUUGAAGCGAGAAAUACAUGAAUUGAAACAUAAAUUGUCUCUCAAGGAACUUGAGAAUGGCGACCACUACGAUAAUAAAGUUAUAAAAUCAGAUAAAAUCCUGCAGUUAUAUAACAAAUAUGUUGAUUUUGAACUCCCUGUUGAUUAUGUCGGUGAAAUACCAUCUGCUGGUGAUAAUGUUGUACUUUAUAAAUUAGAAUCUGUGUUCAAAACUUUAUACUCCCUCAAAAAAGAGGUCGACUCAGUAAAAUAUGAACUCUCGCAGAAAAAAAGCAAUAUAAAUCAUUUACAGUCACAAAUAGAUGAAUUGACCAAUGAAAAUGAUUUUCUUACUACCGAUAUAAACCAUUUUGAAAGAGAAUUGAGUGAAACGAAAAAAAAUAAUGAUUUUCUUAUAUCUGAACUUGCUGCCUUAAAAAAUACGUCCAAGUUAGAGCCCAUUAUUGAAUCACAUGAAGAUAAUUUAGCAAAGUUAGAAACGGAAUUAGCUGAUUCUAAUAGAAUAAACAAAACUUUUGAAUCAGAAAUAAAUAGAAUUAAAAAACAAUUAAUUGAGGUCAAUGAGGAAAAAGUGGGUCUUCAGAAAAGUUUAAGUGAUCUCAAAGAAAAAUAUACUACCAUGUUGUCAGAAAUUGAAAUGUGUAAAAAUCAAACAAAAGCAAUUGAAGAAUUGGAAAAUACUACUAAUACGGAAAUGUCUGUCAAAUUGAAAAAUACUACAGAUGAAGUGGAUGAUUUGAAAAAGCGUUUGAGUACAGCUAAUUCUAAAAAUGAACAGCUUUCCAUAGAUAUUCACAUUAUAGAAAAUGACAAAGUUUUAUUGACAAAAGCAGUAGACGACUUGAAGAAUGCUUUGAGUGAGAAAUCCUCUGAACAUAAAGAACUUGAAGUACUUAAAAUAGCUUUAGAUAAUAAGUUACACGAUCUUGAAGUCAAACUUGAUGAAGUGAUAAAACAUAAGUUAGAAAUAGAGCAAGAAAGGAAUAAAUUAGAGGAAACAGUUGCCAAAUUGCGGUAUGAGUUAUCUUCAAAAGAUGCUACAGAAACAGAAUUCAACAAAGACAGUAUGGAAAUUGUAUUACAAGAGAAAUUAGAUCAACUUUCAAAGGAGAAUAUGUCUUUGUUAGAAGGUAGGGAAAAUGUUACAUUGUUAGAACAAAGUAUUGAAGAACUGAAAGGAAAAUUACUUCAACAAGAUUUUUUGAGUAAUGAAAUAAUAGUAUUGAAGGAAGAAAAUCAAAGACUCCUUGAAAGAAAACUUCAACUAGAGGCAGAAUUGUCCGCGACUGAUACAAAAAUUGUUGGUUUAGAACAAGAAUUCGAUAAACUUAUAAAUGAUGUAAAUGAAAAAGAUACUUUAAUCGAUGCGCUAAACUUAACUAUAGUGAAAAAUAGUGAAACUUUACAGGCCUUGAAUCAGAAUGUUAAAGAUCUAGAAAAUAGUGUAGCUGUUAAAAAUGAUGAAAUCAACAAACUACGACAAACAAUAGAGACAGUUCAAAAUCAAUUUAGUGAAACUAGUCAGAAAUCGAAUAUUUAUCAAAACGAAUUAAGCAAAAUACACAAUGAUAAAGAAGAAGUAACAAAGCAAAUGAUCAUGAUGAGUGAAGAAAUUAACGCAAAAAAUACUGAAAUAUCAAAUUUGACUGUUAAGUUACAUGAACAAGAAAACUUGUGUUUGGAGUACAAAAAUGUGAUCGAUAGUAAAGAUAAAGAUAUAAAGGAACUUAAUCAGUCUAUAGUAGAAUUGACUGAUAAAUUAAAAACAACAGACAACUUCACAGAUCAUAAUGAUGAAUAUAUGAGAUUGGUGCAGGAAAAGAACGCAAUUGAAACAAGUCUCAAGAAGUCAGUAGAAGAAAAAGAGAAAGAGUUAAAAGAUUUGAAAGACGGAUUACAGAACUUGGAAAAGACAUGCAGUGAAUAUAAAAGUAUGUUGGAUAAUACAAUGAUCGAGAAAAACGAACUUAUGAGCUUUGUUACUUUAAAACAUAAUGAAAGUGUACAGUACCAUACGGAAAUACAAAGAUUGAAUCAAGCUAUUUUGGAGCAAACGAAUGAAUUUAAAAAUAUUAUAGAAGAAAAAGAGAGACAAAUCCAUAACCGCUCAGAAUAUUGUGCAAAUUGUGAAGCAGUAAGGGUAACUUUGAAGGAAAAAGAUGAAAUAAUAAAGAAUAUGAAUCAAAAUGUCAGUGGCUGUAUUGAUACCGUCAAAGCAGAGUUGUCAGAAGCUAAUAAGACAAUAAGCAUCUUAACUGAAGAACGCGACAAUUUGAGUCAAACUUUGGCUUACCAAAUAGAAACUGUUAAAACCUUGAAAGCAGAAAUUUUGCAGCUUACAGAACAAGAACAGAAUUCUACCCGUGAAUUAGAAAGGCUGAGACAUCACCUUGUAGAGUUAGAAGAAAACUAUACUCAGGAACUGAUGACAUCAGAACAAAAGCUGACGGAAUGUCAGACUAGGCUGAAUCAGGUCGAAGAGAGAGCCAAACAGAAUAGUACUGUAUAUACUAGUAACAGCAUUCGAGCAAACCAAGAAGUAGAGACGCUGCGUAAUCAAAUCAAACUGUUAGAGAAACAACGCGAAGACGUUCAAGUUAAACUCAGCGAGGCUGAAGAUGCAAGGAGCAAGAGUGAGGCGGCACUGACCAACUUGCAAGUUGUUUUAGAGCAGUUCCAAUUAGAUAAAGAACGGGACAUCCAAACAGCAACAGAAAAGAUUAGAAACAAAAUGGAGGACAUGAAACUUGAAAAUGUCGCAUUAAAUGAAGAAAUCUCCAGAUUGGGCAUGAAGUUAGAGGAAUCUUUGGCGGGACUACGCGCAGCUACCAGGCUCGGAGACCAGGUGGAAACAAAGACUGCUCAGAUAAAUGAUUUGAAAGAACAAGUUCGAACCUUACAAAUAUCUGUGGCGGCGGCUGAGGAGAGGUACCACAACGCCAUCUCGAACCAGCAAGAUCGCGUUGACAAGAAUCUGGUGAAGAAUUUACUCAUCAAUUACGUGCUGGCUUCCUCGCAGAGCGUGCAGAAUAGAACAAGAGUCCUGAAGAUCCUGUCAACAGUCCUGGAUUUCAACCAGCAAGAAUGCGAGAAACUCGGCCUGUCCAGGUCCACAAACCCCUCGGAUGGUAUAGCGGCCGAGUUCGUCAAGUUCUUGGAGAACGAGUCCAAGCCCAGGGCUCCCCUGCCAAGUAUGAUGAACCUGGGUCAAAAUACUAGUAGGAGUAGCACGCCGCCUUCUAGGAAAUCUUCUAUGAUGGGUCCAAACCCUUACGAAGUGGGCCACAAACGCAACCCCUCGACCGGUUCUAACAACCUACUUUUCCAAAACAUAGACUCAGUUGAGACCUCCUCGCAAAUAUCCAUAGAGUCUGACCACAGAGAGCCUAGAGUGGUCACACAAUUAGACACCGGCGUCAAUCAGACGAGGAACACGGAAGGCGCCAUUUUGAAACACGUUUUGAAGGAUAUGUGAUUAAAGGAUUAUGGAGUUUAAUGUCUUUGUAUUAAAGUGCAUUUUUGAUAUGAAUUGCGACCCUAAUGAUGAGAUUAGAAAAAUAUGUGCGUCAAUGUUAUUCAUUUAAUGCCAUAGCGCAAAGUAUAAAACAAGUUACUUUUAAAGACGCGACAUUCGCUUAUAGUCUUUAUCGACCGAUAUAAACUCGCAGAUUCGAUUUUGAAUCGAUUGAUGAAGCGAUCAUUUAAAGUCUCGCACAGAAACCGAAAGAAAUGCAGUCCUUUGCUAUAUUGUUUCGCCUACGGUUUCUGUGUAAGUGGCCUUUAAAAAUAAACUCCCUGUACUCUCAUGUUUCCAUACUAUGAAUGUAAGAUAUGUGUAUCAAACAAAAUGUCAUUAAAUACCAUUGUUAUUAUCCGAUAGAAGAUUCUUAAGGUCAAAUACUAUCUUGAAUUAACAAAAUGUAAACUCUACCGUAUGUAACGAAAAAGAAUUAAAUUUGAUUAAAAUAGGAGACUUCGAACUGUCCCAAUUUUUAAAAUUUUAUAUCUCCUGAAAAUCUGUCAUUUCUUUACCUACCUAUAUGUUAGUCAUUAUUAAGACCGCUGCUGACCAUAGGUCUUAAUGAUGAACGAAUGAGAAAAACAACUCACUAUCAUCUGUAAAAUAUAGCUUGAUCUCGUGACAGACGUCGAAUGCCUAUGCUUUUUAUGGUGUGUCUAGUUCGCCUCUAGCGUACCAAUAUCGUACCAUCCUGAUGACACAGCUAUAUUUUAUAGUUCGACAAUCAAACUAGUGAGUAAAAUUGAAUAUUUCCACUUAAGAGUUUGGAAACGACUUACAUCGCCCGCCUUUUAUCCUUUUGUAUCAUCAAGCGAGUAGUUUUCCUACGGUUUUGUAUGGUACGUAAUCACCAAUCCAGAUGUUCGAUCGAAUAGUCUUGCUACCUAUUUAAAGAGGACCCCGAACCCCAAAGCAUAGCUGUGGCGGGAACACGCAAGGAUGAAAGAUGAUAUCCGUUGAGACAGAGAUAAAUUCAUACUUGAUUUAAAUAUUUUUUAUAAGUUCUCAAAUAUAAUUUCGUUGCUAUUUAUAACUAAUAAUAUAAUUUGCUUAAUAGCUUAUGAUUCACUAGAUCAUAGAAAUUUAAAGACAUGGGUGCUACAAUUAUGAAUAAACGAUCUGUUUAAAAAAAAAAGAAUAUCAUUAAAACUAACUAAACUGCUUUGUUUUAUGUGUUAGGAAAUAGUUGCAUUGUUAUGUACCCGAACUAUUUCACACACGUUUGAUAAAAUAGACUAAUAAUAAAUUGUUUCACAAGUUUUAAUUAAAAAAAAUACGUUUUGCCAAUAUAAUUUUGAUUUAAUUAUGCGACUUACUUCUUUUUUGAAAAGAAGAUUUUUUUAAAUACGAUUUAUUUAUUUCAGCACAAUUAAUUUACAUAUAUUGAUAUUUCCAUAGCAUUUAUGAUUAUAAUAAUUAUUGUAUAAUAUGUGUAAAGUAUUGUUUAGUCUUUAUUUUUUAUUUCGAAGAUGUUUAACUGUCAUUAUGAUUAGCAAAAAUAUGUACAACAUGCAACUUUUGUCUAACGAAAAUCUAGUCUACUUCUUUGCUUAAUUUCUCCAAAAAUUGUCCCAAAAGUGUUUUGGUUUAUUCGUAACAAUCAGUCUCUUUAUAAUAUGAAAAUCUAUAAGUAAUAUAAUAAAUAAUAAUGAGAUAGUUAUGAUAAAAAAAACAUUUGAAUGGAAUGAUGGGUUACCCACAAAUUGGUAAACUAAAAAUUUCUACAAACUCCCAAGUUUAAAACUACGUCUGGUACUGAAUAUGUAUCUAGUGUAUGAAUCUCACAAAAAAUGUUCUGUUUAAAAUCCGCUUUUAAAUGUAAAUCUACAUAUAUGUAUAUAUAUAUUCAAAUUUAAAUUCAAAAUUUUUAUUCAUGAUUAUAGGACACUUCAUAUCACUUAAUAAUUGUCAUAUGUUUAUAUAAAAGCGAAAACUCUCGCUCAUGUACUCACUAAUUACGAUAUCUUGAAAACCUCUAGGCAAAUAAAGAUGAAAUUUGGCAGAAAGGUAUAUUGCGACCAAAGGACGUCCGCUAAGAAAUUCCCGCGGGAACGGCAGAUAAUAGGAUUUCUCCAUUUACGCGGGCGCGCACUUUAGUAUUGUAAAAAGCGAUAAAAAUUUUGUUAAUCUAAUGACAGUUAUCAUUUUUAAAAUACCGUCUACAUAAGUAAUCUAUGUUAUUAGGGGUUUAAAAUAUUUAGUUUGUUUGAUUAAUGUCAUAAUUGCAUAGGUUUCAGUAUCAAAUUUUUCUUAAUUUAAUACUGAAACCUAUGCAAAAGAAUAUAUAAAAUGUAGUCAAUAUACUAAGAAAGGAAUGUAUUAACAAUAAAAUUGUAACGUAUUUUUAAUUAUACUCAGUGUUACAAAAAAGAGAUAAUAUUAAAAAUUUAAUUUAGAAGGUAUGAUGCCUGCGAUGUGAAGAUGCGAAAAUUUGCAUCGCAUUUUUAGUUUUGUUUUGUUUUAAUUAUUUUAACUAAAAAAAAAAAAAAUAUUGUUCAUUAACCAUUUUUUUUAGUACACAGUGAUUGUAACCUAGAAUUAUUAUCGUUUAAACUUUUUUUCGUAAACCUUCGUGAAAACACGUCAAAAUAUUGUUUUCAGACUCAGUCGCCAUCUAGCGGUGUUAGUACAAACUACGUCAGAAACUGAAGCGAACAGUUGAGAUUUUAUUUAUAUUUUACCACCUCAGGGUCUGUUCAGAUCAAGCGGAUAAAUGUGUUACUUUUUAAGUGAUAUAACAAUAACUUCAUUCCAUUUACUGAAACCGUUUGGUGUGAAAUGACCCGUAGGACAUGAUUAUUUUUAUACAAUCGCUAUAUUAUACAUCUUAAUAUUAUCUAGUAAUAAAAAUUUCUAAAAAGUUAUUAACUGACGUAGCCAAAUUAAGUAUCAGCAUGUUAAUUUUAUUAACAGUUUUAAAUUUGUUUUGUAAAUAGCUAUAAAUAUUGUACAGAUUAUUUUAGCUUAUUGCAUUUUGGAGAAUAAAUUGUUUAUGGAAAAUAA